CCGGAAGUCCGGCUGGUGCAGAGGAGUGCUUCCGGGUAGGAGCGAGGUGACCCCGGCCGCUGCAGGGACCCGCAGCGACAGCAGCCAUGGGGGCGCACCUGGCCCGGCGCUACCUGGGCGGCGCGUCGGGGGAGCCCGACCCGCUGCGGAUGCCCACCUUCCCGCCCGACUACGGCUUCCCCGGGCGCAAGGAGCGCGGGCAGGGAUGCUUGCGUGACGUGUUCCCUGCUGCACCUCCGACACCUGGCACACGGCAGGUGCUCCCUAAAUCCUGGCUGCUUAGCUGGAGCACCAGGUGCGGGUGGCCAUGGAAGCCAGCAGGGCCUGCAGAGAUGGUGGCCACCCAGCAGCAAAUGAACGACGCGCAGCUGGUGCUCCAGCAGCGGGACUACUGUGCCCACCACCUCAUCCGGCUGCUCAAGUGCAAGCGGGACAGCUUCCCCAACUUCCUGGCCUGCAAGCAUGAGCGGCACGCCUGGGACCACUGCGAGCACCUUGACUACGUGAUGCGCAUGAAGGAAUUUGAGCGGGAGCGGCGGCUGCUCCAGCGGAAGAAGAGGCGGGAGCAGAGGGAGGCAGACGCAGCCAGGGGCCAGGGGCCCGGCGAAGUGGAUCCCGAGGUGGCCCUGUAGUGGGCCCACCCGCCACCAUGUGGACAGUGGGAAAUAAAAGUCUCCAGGUCCCUCAGCA